AUAGCAAAGGCUGACAAUGUAAAUGAAACACACAAUGAUCAAUUUCCCAAAAAUGUUACCUGUCACAACAAAUCAGUUAAUACUGAUUUGAUCAGCUGUUUUCAAUGAUUUAGUGCAUACUCAAAACAUUGCAACUCUGACAAAGGCUCGAUUCGGCACAAACAAAAACUAUAUUGGCCAUGAAAUAUGUAUCUCAUCUAGGAUGAGUUCCCAUCCGUGACGAGAGUCCAACUACUCGUCUAUCCAACCAUCCAUCCAUCCAUCCAUCCAUUCAGGCAAGCAAGUAAGCUAGCAAGUUGCUCACCUAGAUAUUUCUCCGAGUUUCUCGACGUCCUCCUCCGUCCGUCCAUCCGUUCAAUGGUUCAUGCCAGAGAGUGAGGGUGAGAUCCAGAGCUUCUUUUCAAAUCCCAACCACCACAACCACCAACAUCUUCUUUUUGAACUCGGGGGGAGGGGCCAACCUAAGGAAAGAAAGGCCGCCCAUCUGUAUUUCCUAUUUCAUCCCAGAGUGCUGCUGGUCGAGGUGUGAUUCAUUGUGCCUUUGGCAAAGCGGCAUUCCUUUCGGCCUUCAUCCCGGAUCUCGUGAAUGAAAGGAGGAAGACGAGCAGGACGCACAACAGAGACAUAUCCUGGUCAGAAUUCCUCCGACAAUGGAACGGAGUGAGUAGUUCUUGAACGUCCCUUGAACUAUCAUUUCCCUUCUAUUCAUCUCCAGUCUUCCUGCCUCCGGGUUUUCAGGGCCAAAUGACCAUGUCUAGACUCGUUCUGUUGCUUUGGGUGGCUCUGGUUUCGGGCCUUCCCACUGACCACAAUGAUCGCAUUGCCUUCCAACGACGCAUUGGGCCAUUUUCAGGCGACAAUCGCUUACCAUUAGGCUCGUUCCACCAAGCCCCGCUCAACUAUCAAAAUGGGCAACUGGAGGAGGGAAUCCUAGAACCUCCUAAACAAGAAGUGGCCAAAAGGAAACUUCUUUUGCCCAUUAUCAGUGAAGGUUACGCCUCCACCAAUUUUCAAGGUGGCGCCUCUUCCAAAGACAAAGACACCUCCAUACAGGAGCAAUCAAAAAUCGUCCAGGAUGCCGAAACCAAGGCGGUGGUCACCACAAAGAGACCAACCAAAACCACCACAACUACUAAGCAACCUUCGCGACCCCCAAGGACAACCUCAAAACGAGUGAUAUUCCGAGAUGAAACCACCCCAGCCCCAACAAAAGUCCCUAUCAUCAAUGGUUACUUGUUUGACGAGUUGGAUGCCCCCAAGAUCCGGACUCCCCCGGCCUACCUCCCCUCACGACCACAAACAACGUCCACCCCAACCACGACCGAAUCGCCAUAUGGACGUCCUUUACCUCUCCGUGGUCACUUCGCCAAUCCAAGCCAAGGCCGACCUACCAGCUUCAUACAGCCCGCAUUUAACAUCCCGGAUCAGCCGUCAUUAGCCUUUGAUACCCAGUCCACCGUAGUUGGUCAAAAGUUUACCAACAAAGCUGAUCCUCAGGUUUUGGAGGCAGGCUUGCCUGCCUUUGUUGAGACCGAUAAUGGUCAACGGAUAGAUCUCUACCAAGGGGAGCUCAUCACGGCGGAUAACAAUCCGGAGGGAGAACUGGUCCAUUUUUCAUUUUCCCCGCCUCAGCAAUCAGCUGGCACCAAGGACAAACCUGUCACAUUGAAAUCGAAGCCCAGCGCCUACGAGAUUCCAUCUUCAAGGCCAAGUGAAACAACCCCGCGUCCGUACCGACCCCAGUCUCAAUCUCCUCCCCAACAAGACAUCUACCAAGCUGGCUAUGAGCAAAUCAAUGUCCCAGACCAUACAAACCAUCCAAGGCCAGGAGGUCCUGAGAAGUUUGAUCCAAACACCUUCCACGAGGAUCGACCUGCCCUGAUAUCCACCCAACAGAACUCCCAGAGCCCAUCAAAUUCGGACUAUUAUCCCUUGGGCAAGCCCGUGCAUCUGCAAGCACCAGUUCCUCCUCGCGGGCCUCCAGGACAAAGCGCACAAAAUGGGCCUCCACGACCUAAGCCCACCAGCUCAUCGGGAUCAUUUUUUGACUUCCUUAUCCCCUCCUUCAUCCGUUCAAAGUCUGACCGCCCCAAUAGACGUCCACCCCCACCCCCUCCCCCACAGAAACGACAGCCCCCACCAAAAAACAGGCAGCCCAGACCCCCUCCUCAAAACAGACGGCACAACUUCCCCAUUCCUAGUGUUCCUCACAUCGAUCCGCCACGGCUGGACUUGAACGCUCCGUAUGGGAGUCCUCAGAAUCCCAUCUUGCUCCAUCUACCCGAGUCCUUUGGACAAUAUCCUCCCCCACCUCAACUUCAAAGGCGGACGUCGUCCCACGCCCGAUUUGAAGACCAUCACAAUGCCCCCCCAGAACCAAAUGAGUUAGAUGAGAAUGUGAUCGUGAACCGCUUGGGGGAAGAGUUCUUGGCGGAGAUACCAGAGGUCCAGGAUCUUGAAAGCCAGGAUCAAAACAAUGUUAUCAUGGGAACUGUGGAAGAGGUGGAUCUCGACUCAGAUCUUGCUAUUCGACGACCCAUUGACCACAUUCAAGUGCCAGGUAUCUCCCAGGCUGUCCCAACACGCCAACAGGCCCCAUUCUUACCCUCACAACACAUGUCCCAUCCUCUCCAAACGGAAAAGGCUGAGGGUCCCCAUAUCAAGGUCCCCAAACAACCAAUGGCUCUACCCUACAAACUCGCCGAAUACAGGCACAAGCUACAGGAUCCCGAGUUCUUCAGGAAUGUGACCCAAGCCCACGUCUUCCACUACAGGGAUCCUGACCAUGUGGACCAAUCCAACGUUUCAGGGGAUGAGCCUGUCUCCUAUAUUGAAGAAUCGAAUCCAUUCUUCCUCCGUCAAGUUGAUGGGGAUAAUCAUGAUAUAGUCGAGGAGCCUCAAGCUUCUCAACACCAACCAUUGGACCUCAUAGAGUUUGCCCCACCUGCAAAGCCAAAGCAUUACCAGACGCGGACCUCAAAACCCGAUGUUAACACCGUCUAUACCCCCAAUGGAAUAACCACCUCACGACCACUUGCGAGCUCAAUGGAACCGUCUUUCAGUGUGGAGGCAGGACACUCCCCUGGGGGUCACAUUGACCAACCUAGUAGAGACACCCGACAUCCCAUUGCCCAACAGAUUAGUUCUUUCUUGGAAUUUUAUCUCAAUAACCCAAAAGUUUCAAACAAGGCUCCAAUUAUUUCCACGUCAGUUGACAAACUUAUCCACAAUCACUUCGAGGUUGAGAACGAAAUCCAUGAGCACCCGGAGGAAUCUUUUGAAGUCGGCUUGGACGAGGAUGCGGCAUUUCCAUUGCUCGACCGCCAGGCUGAAGAGCAAUUGGAGGAAGUCUUCAUCGCCUCAGACUCGCCCCAAGAUUCGGAUUGGUACAUCCUGGAUACAAAAGGACGACGGGUGAUGAAGGAUAAAUCGAGGACCGAGGAACCCAAAUCCACCUCUGAGGAUCCCUCAUACCUUGAAUCUGAACCCAACACCUCCCCAACAACACUUCAACCAUCAGCUACUGAUCCCCCAUCCACCUCCGUUUCAAUCUCAGAGCGUCCAGUUGAAGGCGGGUUUGUUCCCGUGUCCGUCCAAACUGAAAACUGAGGACGACGAGCUUCCUAAUGUUGUGAUAUGUAAAUAGAUAGAUAGCAGGUGUUUAAGGACUGGAGGUUUUGACAGAUAAUACAUCAACAGUGUGUGUGUAUGUUUAAUAAUC